AUGAAAAUGAACCAAAUUGAAUUCAAUAUUUUUGUUGGUUUCUCAAUAUUAGCAAUAUGCAUUGCUCAAACAUCACUCUAUUCUUGUAAUUUCGAUACGGAUCUAGCAAGUACUUGCGGAUUUCAGUCUACGCCAGGGGCACCAACUUUACAGAUCAUUGAUGGCAUUGCAUCGACUACUGCACCUAUACAGCCAUUGUCAGAUGCUAACUCUAUUCUAUUACCAACUACUCCUAAUGGUGACUAUUGUUCGUUGCCAUAUAGCAAUCCACCGUCAACCUGGCCAAUGUACUUUUGUCAACGCAACUCAGCAACGAAUUAUACAUGUUCUACUCCAUCUGGCACAGGCAAUUGUGUGAUUGGAAAAUAUGGUUUGGUAAAAGUAUCUAGGACUGGUGCAUUCGAUCAAACAUAUACUACUAUGAAUAAUGUUCAGACUCAUGCCGAGGAUUUUCAAUGUUUAAGUUUUUAUUAUUAUGUAACCGAUGCAGCACUUGGUGCCAAAAUUGACAUUGGAUGGUCAGCAGGCGCAGCACCUUUUCCUUUAACUGAAGUUAAAGCUGGCCCUGAAAAUAGAUGGCAAAGUCAUAAUUUUACAUAUCCCAGUCCAGCACCAAAGAAUUAUUUUAUAUGGUUCCAAAUGCUUCGAGACGGUGGAUCCACGGAUUUUUCUUAUGCUUUAGAUGAAAUCAAAGUAUUUGAUGGACCAUGUGAACCUCUUACAACAAAUAUUCCAACAACACCUACUUCCAGUGAAUCAAUGAGCAUUGCAGAAACUGAGUCAAGUACAUCGAUGCAUUUUGACUUUAAUAAUUUUAGUAAUACAUACACCAAUAGUGCAAUUACGGCAAACUCAAUAAUUUCCACAUUAUUUUUAAAUGUAACUAUGAUGGCAUCAGCCAGCCAUUCGAUUAUCGACACUGAAACAUUCGAAGCAACAAUAGCGUAUGUUUUGUUCGUAUAUAAUUCAUCGAUAUUUAAUAUUUCUUUUGCUUUUUCACUAGAACAAAUACAGAAGCGAACGUAA